UUGGUGUUUGUGCUGUAAAUCCUCAGGUCCUCUCUCCUGGCUUGAUGGCUCUCAUGUCAGCUACUCUAACUGGGUGCACGACCCUGAUCCAGGGGCUGGCUGUGGUCACAUACUGAGGAGCUCAGGGUUUCAGUGGGAGGCAACAAGCAACUGUAGCCAGGAGCUGCACUUCAUCUGCCAAUUUGUCCAGAAAAACGUCACCAUUCAGGAGCCCAUCAGGGAGUUUGGCGUCAUUAAGUGCUAUAGCAUGAACCAAUCAACAGAUGGAGCAAACUGCAAGGCCCUGUAUGGCAGUCCCCUUCAAAUCCAGGUUGAAGUAGAAGCUGUCCACCGUGGUGAGAUGUUGGUGGCCAAUUCAUCAGCAGUCGGAGGAAUCGUCCCCCACAACAUCACAGUGGGAUCAGAGGUGGAGCAACAGCUGGGCUCUGGCUGCCACCAGCUGACCCUGCAUGCCUCUAACGGGGUCUCGGUCUUGGGCGUGUCCACUGAGCUGCAGGUGUGUCUGCUGGAGCCUGUGGAGGGCCUGCUGGGAUCAGUGAUGGCUGAGGAGGGAGAGUAUCCAGACUCAGACCUCUAUGUUACUGUCUCCCUUCUCUUCCAGGUGUCUGGAGCCAACGGCAGCAUCUCAGAGACCAGAGACAUUUGAAAACAGAAGCAUGCAGGUUUACAAUAUCUCAACCAAUAUCUCUACUCAAACUGUCAUCCAACAAACCUUACUCAGAGAUUAAAACAGUGACUGACGAAGAUACCUUUUUUUUUUUAGAUUCUUUAUAAUAUUAUUGUGUAUAUUAUUCAUAUCAACUGUUUUGUUACAUGAUAUUUGCAAGUGAAAGUCAGGUUCUGGAUUGUCUUCUCACACAUGGAUGUGGGGAACACAGCAGUGUGUUCAGACCUCAGGCAGGAUGGCUAUGCAAACACAGUAUGUUAAAUAGCUAAGAAUUACAAAAAUAUAUACUGUCUUUUUCUUUUUCACUAAUGUGAAGUAAUUAUUUUCCUGCAGUUUUUCUUCACAUAUUUGUUUUCAUCCCCAGACAGAAAAGCAUAUGAGAGUUCGCCGGGCCUACACCUUGAGAAUUACUGCCAGUCCAGAAACUGCCAGUCAAGACACUGAAAGCGUCAAACUUGAGGUAACUGGCUUAGGAGGACUAUCUAAUGGAAAGCAGAGCAAAUUUGAAUGGGAAUGCAGUAAGUACCAGUUAGGGCCUUUAAGCCACAGGGCUGUUGAAGAGAACCCUCUCACCCCACCCUAUUCCAGUAUUAAAUUAAAACAAUGACUGUAAACUUUGUUUCAUAACAUCCAUUUUCGGUAACAAUCUUAAUCGUUUUUUUCACUGUUUACUCAGUGUCGUGUCUCGUCUUUUUACAGCAUGGCCUUAUUGUGGUGUUUUCUAACCAUUUUCCCUUUCCAACUCCAGUAGAAGAAGACUGUAAGGGUAAGGGAAAAUGCAACGAUAAAACAACGGACAAGACUUGUUUGAUUGAAAAAGACAGUCUUCCAAACCCUUUCGAGCACUUUUUCUGUGAAGAGACGGAUUGGCAAUGGGAAAUGGGUUGACUGGAUUUAAACAUUGCGAUGCAUCACGGUUACUCCAACAAAAUUCACCAACUUUAGAAUUUGGUAAUAUGGGGAUAGGCCUAAAAUAGUGAAGUGAAUAUAUAUGUCAUGCUAUUUAUUUCAUGGCAACUCCUAUCAGUAUCAUUAUAAAAUUGGCAAUGACAAUAUUAUACAAAUUGCUAUUUAAAUAUCACUACAAUUCUAGUAUCAUCAUCAUAAUCAUCCUUAGAGAAGUACAAGUAACUUCCAAAAUAAAGGAAACACCAACAUAAAGUGUCUUAAUAGGGUGUUGUGCCACCACGAGCCGCCAGAACUGUUUCAAUGCACCUUGCACAGAUUCUACAAGUGCCUGGAUCUCUACUGGAGGGAGGUGACACCAAUUGUCCUCUAUAAAUUCCAUCAUUUUGUGUUUUGUUGAUGCUGGUGGACAACGCUGUCUCAGACGCCACUCCAGAAUAUCCAAUAAGUGUCCAAUUGGUUGAGAUCUGGUGACUGAGACAAACACACACACACACACACACACCUUAAACCCUGUAUGCUCCUUUGAGACUCUUUCAAAGUCACUGACAUCUCUUCAUCCAGCCAUGGUAGCCAAAAUAAUGGGCAACUGGGCAUUUUUAUACAUGACCCUAAGAAUGAAGGGAUAAUAAUAAUUGCAUAAUUAACUCAGGAACAACACCUGUGUGGAAGGACCUGCUUUCAAUAUACUUUGUAUCCCUCAUUUAAUCAAGUGUUUCCUUUAUUUUUGACAGUUACAUGUGUUGGACAUCAUAAUGCUUUUGGACUGGCCUAAGUGGCCAUACAGAAUGUUGAUAAAUAUCUGGAAUGAAUCGAGUUAGAAAUUAUUUAGCUUAAACUAUUGACAGAUUUGUAAUCCUUAAGUGUACAACAGGGUAAUGACAUUAGCAUGUUAAUUGACUGAUUUAAUUAGAAUUCAGAAGUAAAUUGGUCACAUUUAACAUGAGUUGCUCUCAUGCCUAUGGAGCAUGCUGUAAUUACACUAAUAAUAAUGUUGCAUUAGUUGCCCAAUAAUGACAUAAUAAUGUAUGUAUUGCUUUGUUAUUACAAAGGUAAUCUGUUUCUGGUACAACACUGUUACUAUUACCAUUUGUAUGAUAACAAUAACUGUCCAUUGCUAUGUAUUUACAAAGCAAUAAUCAAGUUACUAUGUUACAAAAUGUGAAUUCAAUGUUUUUAAGAUGAUCUAUUUAAUGGUAAAAAAACAGUACCUAUAUUCUUUCAGUUGCCAGGAUAAUUGUAAUACAGUGGAUGUAAAAUGUACAAUUAAAAUUGGACUGUAACUCCAGUUGCCCAAAGGUAAUUUGGCAUAUUGAGGACCCAAAACCUUCAACAGUAAGUCUGAGAUUCCUUUAUUGUUGCAUGCUGAAUGCAAUCAUAUUUUUUAUUGGUAUCAAACCAAAUUUUAUUUGUCGCAUACACCUGUUUAGCAGAUGUUAUUGCGGGUGUGCCGAAAUGCUUAUUUUCAUGUGUGAAUGAGUUUCGUUAGAGUGCAUGAAUCAAUUUAUUGACUAACCCAUGUUGUCUAAUUUGGAGUUGACAUAUUGUAGAUAAAUAAAAACAAAUUGAUGCAUAAACCCAUUA